GAAGAAGAAGAAGAAGAGGGAGAAGAGGAAUGUGAGCUAGGCGAUCCUGAACACAAUAGUAGUUAUGGGUUCUCAUUCCGAAAUCGUAAAUUCAUCCAUUCCUUAUCCGGAUCUAAGGCCCUUAGCCCUUCUUCAUCCUCCCAAAGCGAAAAUGGUCGAGAAUUUUGGACAACGGCGCCGUGUGAGAGACAAAAUGACCUGCGUCGUAAGCAUCCCAGCAAUUUUAACAUCAAAUCUAGGAGUUGUUCAGAUAAGCCGUCUUCCAUCAGCCCCAGUACAGCAUCCGAAAUUACAUCAUUAAUGCUGACAAGGCAUAGAAGUCCAGACAAUUCUUGCCGAAGUGAUAACAGCAAUCUUGAAGCCGACUUGGAUAUCACAAGUCAUGGAGGUGUGACUUUCUCCACAAGGACUGGAAGUAGUAGUUCCUAUUCUAUGAUUCAUCCAAGUUCACUCAACUAUGCCCAAAUUAAACAAUCACCUGCAAGCAGUCAUUCUGGUAGUAUAGUCAGUUCAAGUAACGCGAGUCAUCGUUCAACUCCCCACACAAAUUCCUUCCAGCCAUCCUGGUUUGACGCUAGACAACCAAUCCUGGCUGCACCUAUGAUUCUUGGUUUGGCCCGGCCAAAUUCUCCUCAAAAUUUGACAUCUGACCUUGCUUAUGGACCCAGCACUUGUUUCAUGAGAUCUCGCUCAUUGGCCAAUAGUCCAACACACUCUGCUCUUCCAGCCAAUGGUGGUGAGAUCGGUGCUACUGAGAUGUAUGGCAAUCGCUAUCAAUCUCGGCAAAUGCAAUGCAGAUCUAAGGAGACGACAGAUAGAGAAUCUAACCCUAAGAUGCGAUUUAGGUCUAAUAGGGUAUCCAGUAGUCAGAUUGGUUCGGCUGGAGACUUGCACAAGUGUACAUCAAAACUGGAUUUCCAGGCGACCCCUGAAUCUGCGCAACCUCUAGUAGCCCUUUUGAUAAGAGCUGGAAGCAAGCGAAAGCUGGCCUCACCAGAAGAAGCUGAUUUACAAUCAGAAGCAGAAGAUGAAGAGGGUGAAGAGGAUAAUGAGAAUGAGAUCGAGUUUAACGCAACUGAACGAGUGGAGACAGUAAGACGAAGUCUACGAACCGGUGCUAGCCAAUUAUGCGCUCAUUUGUCGCCUAGAAGACGAAAUAAAGAUUAG